AACUUUAUAUAGCUGAGUAUUGGAUUUGUGGAUUCAAGUUUAGCUGGUUUGCCACCUUAUCUGGAGUGUAUGGAACUUGAGUAUCUCAUCUGGGAAUGCCCUUUGAAUGUUUUGCCUCUUUGUUCUCCGAAUUUUCUUCCUUCUUUUCCCCCUCUAAUUGAUGGUUUAUUGUAAAUAGAUGUUUUUUUUUUUGGUCUGAUACUGCUUUUUGUUCUUUGAUUUAGGUUCCCUUUUCGCGUCGUGUAGAAUAACAUCUAUCGAGGCCUUUUAUCCUUCCUUUUAACUUUCUAAAAGUUUCCACUUAUCACCUUUUGAUCCUCUCAUCUCUGUUAAUUCGUGUAAUUUUGAUUAAGAUGACAUUUUGCCGCAAGUACAGUCCCUAACUGUUUUAUGAUCAUGAUUAUCUUCUUUUCCAGUCUUGGGUCCAUUUGUGCAAAUUUAAUGAGCAGAGAAAACUGUUAUUUGUAGUUACUGUUUCAUUUUUAAUGCAAUUGGAUCGUUUAUGCAUGCAAUUCUGUACUUUAUUUUCACAUUUUCAGGCGUCUUUACUCAAUUUCGAAGUACUUAGAUCUUUGAGUGUGCAGCUUUUUUCUCACUGUUUCUUUUUUCUUUUCCUCGUAUCUUUGACAGAUUGGAUUGUAUUUGAGGAAUUGUGAUUAUCCUGUUGACAAUGAGAAUUAUUUGCAUUCUACUGUUGAUGUCUCUCUUCAAUGGGAGUUCCUCAAUUGGAGAUAGCACAAACGUAUCCACAAGACCCGAUGUUGUCAACAUUGGGGCUUUAUUCUCUUUCAGUUCUAUGAUAGGCAGAGUUGCCAAAAUUGCUGUAGAAGCUGCCAUCGAGGAUGUAAAUUCUGAUCCAGCCGUUCUUGGGGGGACGAAGCUGAAGCUCACAUUUCAUGAUACCAAUUACAGUGGAUUUUUGGGCAUCAUUGAGUCCUUGCGUUUCAUGGAGACUGAGACUAUGGCCAUAAUUGGCCCCCAAAACUCUGUAACUGCUCAUGUAAUAUCUCAUAUUGCAAAUGAGCUCCAAGUCCCUCUAUUGUCAUUUUCAGCAACAGAUCCCACACUGUCAUCCCUUCAGUUUCCUUUUUUUAUCAGAAGUUCACAGAAUGAUCUGUAUCAGAUGGCUGCAAUAGCUGAAAUAGUCGACUACUAUCAUUGGAAUGAGGUGAUUGCCAUCUUUGUUGAUGAUGACCAUGGUAGAAAUGGUAUUGCUGCCUUAGGUGAUGAGCUUAAUGAGAAACGCUGUAAGAUCUCGUUGAAAGUACCAUUGAAGUCUAAUGCAAGUCGAGACGAGGUCACUGAUGCACUUGUUAAGGUGGCUUUAACUGAAUCUCGGAUACUUGUCGUUCACACUUAUGAGACCACAGGUAUGGUAGUGCUCAGCGUCGCUCAAUAUCUUGGAUUGACAGGACCUGGGUAUGUGUGGAUAGCCACAAACUGGAUUUCUUUACUACUCGACACAAAUUCUCCUCUUUCGUCUGCUUCUAUGGAAAAUAUUCAAGGAGUAAUUGCUUUGCGUCUUUAUACGCCAGAUUCUGCACUCAAAAGGAAUUUCGUUUCUAGGUGGACCAACUUGACUAUUGGAAAGACAUCGAGUGGCCCACUCGGAUUGAGUACGUACGGAUUAUAUGCUUAUGAUACUGUUUGGAUGCUUGCUCAUGCUAUAAAUGCAUUUCUUAAUGAAGGGGGUAAUCUUUCAUUUUCAAAUCUUUCCAAGUUAAAUGGGAUUGGUGCUGGAGCUUUGGAUUUUAACUCUAUGAGCAUCUUCAAUGGUGGGAAGACAUUGCUGCAGAAAAUUUUAGAUGUUAAAUUUACUGGAAUAACAGGCCCAGUUGAGUUCACUCUAGAUAGGAACUUAAUUCGCCCAGCGUUUGAAGUAAUCAAUAUAAUCGGCACAGGGGAAAGGAGAAUUGGUUAUUGGUCCAACUAUUCUGGUUUGUCUAUUGUGCCUCCUGAAACUCUUUACUCGAAACCGCCUAAUCGUUCCAGUUUAAAUCAAAAGCUGUAUGAUGUCGUAUGGCCGGGACAAGCAACACAGAAGCCUCGUGGAUGGGCAUUUCCAAGCAGUGGAAGACACCUGAGAAUCGGAGUCCCAAGACGAGUCAGUUAUCUGGAAUUUGUCUCACAAGUGGAAGGAACUGAUAUGUUCAGUGGCUACUGUGUUGAUGUCUUCACUGCAGCAAUCAACUUGUUGCCUUAUGCGGUCCCAUAUAAGUUAAUUCCUUUUGGAGAUGGCAGUGUUAAUCCAAGUGGAACCGAGCUUAUUCGUCUAAUGACAACCGGGGUCUUUGAUGCAGCAAUAGGUGACAUUGCAAUAAUCACAAACCGAACCAGGAUGGCAGAUUUUACACAGCCAUACAUCGAGUCUGGCCUAGUAGUUGUAGCCCCGGUCAGGAAGUCGAAUUCUAGUGCUUGGGCCUUUCUACGGCCAUUCACUCCGACAAUGUGGUGUGUUACUGCUAUUUCAUUUCUUAUAGUAGGAGCAGUUGUUUGGAUUUUGGAGCAUAGGAUGAAUGACGAUUUUCGAGGCCCUCCGAAGAGACAAGUUAUCACUAUGCUAUGGUUCAGCUUUUCAACUCUAUUCUUUUCUCAUCGGGAAAACACAGUCAGUACCCUUGGUCGCCUCGUGCUGAUCAUAUGGUUAUUUGUUGUUCUUAUUAUCAACUCGAGCUACACCGCAAGCUUGACCUCUAUCCUUACAGUGCAACAACUUUCUUCUCCUGUUAAAGGGAUCGAAACUUUGGUUGCAAACAAUGAUCCAAUUGGCUACCAGCAAGGUUCAUUCGCUCGAAACUACUUGAUUGAGGAACUCGGCAUUGAUGAGUCCAGACUUAUUCCACUCAUCUCAGUAGAACACUAUGUAAAAGCCUUGAAUGAUGGCCCCAAGAAGAAUGGGGUUGCUGCUAUCAUCGACGAGCGAGCAUAUGUAGAGCUCUUCCUUUCAACCCAUUGCGAAUACAGUAUCGUUGGUCAAGAGUUCACCAAAAAUGGGUGGGGAUUUGCUUUCCCACGCGACUCCCCUUUAGCAGUCGACAUGUCCACAGCUAUUCUAAGACUGUCCGAAAAUGGGGAUCUUCAAAGGAUCCAUGAUAAAUGGUUAAUGAAAAGUGCCUGCACAUCACAAGCCUCCAAAUUUGAGGUCGAUCGGCUUCAACUCAAUAGCUUUUGGGGACUGUUUCUAAUAUGUGGAGUAGCCUGCCUUCUUGCUCUGUUGAUUUACCUCUUCCUAAUGGUGCGCCAAUAUAGCAAGCAUUACUCGGAAGAACUCGGGUCCACUGGCCAAGCCACUCGCUCUGCAAGCCUGCAAAGAUUUCUUUCUUUUGUCGAUGAAAAGGAAGACGUCAUCAGAAGUCGAUCUAAGAGAAAACAGAUGCAGGACGCCUCAAUUAGGAGCAUGGAUGGAGAAAAUUCAACUAGCAAGUCCAGAAAACUUGGCCAUGGUGAUGCUGAUAUUGAUGCAUGAUCUAAUACUAUGUUGCUCUAUUUGCAAUAUUUACAAAAUAUCAGAACUGUUGCUGUGAGUUGGAAAUGGCAUCUUGGUUGAAUGUUGCAGGGUCUUACCUGUUUUCUUUAGUAGCAUAUCAAUAUCAUCCAAUUACUUGUAAAUGUCAAUAAAUAAAUUAGCUAAUAAAGCUAUAUUAGUGUACAAAUUAAAUAUGUUUGGUACAUUGUGAGACUUUACAAUAUUUCAAGUUUGUGGUAGCAUAGCAAUAUUUACAUUUGUAUACUUAAACAUCGGUGUUCUAAACAUGCCAACAUAAUAGUUGUAGCAUUGUUUAUCCUGACACCUUACAAUUAUGAAACUACAUUUUAUUCUA